AUGAAUUCUUUACCUAUUGAUAGUCAAUGGAAAAGACCAAUGGGUAGAUUGUUUUCAUAUGCAUUAUUCGGAGAUAAGCUUAAUUUUAUCCCUGUUUAUUCAUUUGCAACACAAAAUAGUGAUAAUAUCGUAGUUUUUAUUUCGAAUACAAAUUUACUCGCAUAUUCCACAGAAAAUUUAACCCCUCUUUACGAUAAAAUUAUCCAAUAUGGCAUGAUUAUCGAUUUUAAGCGAUCAGCCGAAAAUAAAUUUAUUUUAUACUUUGAUACCGGAAUAUUAUCUAUUAUCACUGUAAAUUCCAACUGUUUUACAAUAGUUAACAAAGAGCUAACUGAUAUUUCUCAUGUUAUUCCUUUUGAUGUUGAUAAUUACAUUUUAAUCAAGAAAGAUUGUUCAACACAGAUGCUUAAAUCUAACGGAGAUAUACAAAACUUGUGGGAAUUAUCUUCCCCAACACCUCCAACAGCUUCAAUUCUUUUGAAUUUCGUUUUGGUUAUCAGUACUCAAUCAAAGCUCAUUUUUGGCGAUAUAUUCCAAAAACCUAACGAGCAAGAAUCUCAAAAUUACUCGCAAUUGAUUUACAUUGAAAAUAAGGAUUUCUUUGCAGUUUCAGAGAAUUUUGAUAACAUUAGCCUUUGCUCAAUCAAUGGAAAGGAAAUUGUACUACAAUCUGCAAAGUUUAUCAAAUCAGCAGCAAAAUUGAAAAAUAUUUCUUUGAUCAAUUCAAAAACUCUUGUUUGUACAGAAAAUAAUUCACUAAUAUCUUAUAAUUUUGGUCAGUUAAUUCCUCUUGCAACUGUUUCCUUCAGUAAUUCUAAUUUUGAAUUUAUCAGACCAUUAUUCCACGAAAUCUUCUUAAUUACAACUUCAACAGGCAAUACUUUGAUAUGCAGGAUCACUGAUACAGAAGAUAUCAAUGAAAGAAUACAUACAGAAGAUAUAGGAAAUUUAUUCGGAAGUCGACCAAUUUGUGCAACUCCCGUUGAUGCAAAUAGUUUUAUAAUGGUAAGUGAAAACGGAACUGUUGCUAAAUUCAUUGGUGCUCCAGACUGGUAUACAAUUCCUUUCCUUCAAGAGCAGAAGUUAUUCUAA